CGACAGUGCGAGUACCAGCGAUAACUUCGACAGUCUCUACGCCGGCUAUCGACUCGCGCCCGUCGUUUACAUCUCACCCAGCAUGAUAAUUUCCAAGCAAAACCGCAAGGUCAUCUUCGAGAGCCUCUUCAAGGAGGGUGUUAUGGUCGCUGAGAAGGACUGCAACGCUCCCAAGCACCACGAGAUUGAUGUGCCCAACCUGGAGGUCAUCAAGUCCAUGCAGAGCCUGACGUCGAAGGGCUACGUCAGGACUCAGUUCUCCUGGCAAUGGUACUAUUACAGCUUGACCAACGAGGGCGUCGAGUACCUGCGCGAGUUCCUUCACCUUCCCGUUGAGAUUGUACCCGCAACCCACAAGAAGGCUGCUCGUCCGCCGAGACCCGCUGGGACGCGUGGUGGCCGUGAAGGCGGCGAUGGUGCCUACCGCGCACGUGGUGACCGUGGCGAUCGUGAUGGCUAUCGUCGCAGGGAUGAUGGCGAGAAGAAGGAGGGUGGUGCACCGGGGGAGUUCCGCCCGCGGUUCAUGGGGGUUGGCCGUGGUCGUCCCACGACUGAGUAGAUGGCUUAGCUUGGGUGCGCGCACGAGGAGCUGUGAUGUGCAUGCUUGCUGGAGUGUGCGAUGGGUUGCCAUGUAAAACGCUAUGCUCGGGCUAUGCCAUGCGACGUAUUUCCAUGUUUAAUCUCAUGGGUUCAAUCACACUACACUGUGCUGCGAGGAUGAAGCAUUGUAUGCUAUUGUUGGAUACCCAUGCUGUAGGAUCAG